AUGAAUGACAAAAAAUUAUCAUCAAGCAUAUUCGAUAUUAUUACCGCUGACUAAUUAUUAUCUUUAGAUGCAAGCUAAUUAUAUGAUAGCUUCAAGUAGAUUUAUUAAAUUAUGCUUUACUCGUCAGAAGAUUUUUAUAAUUAAAACGAUACUGAACAGUUAUUGAAAUUAAAUGAGAACAUUGAAUUUUUCAAAUAGUUUGGAAAUAUAAAAGCAGUAGGAAUUACUUAUAAUAACAUAGGUUCAAUAUUACUAAAAUAAGAGCAUUAUUUUCAAGCUUUAGAAAAUUUUUAAUCUUCCAUAAUUUAUGCUAGAUAUGAAAUACAAGAGUUUUUAAUUUAGAAUCCAAGCUGCACAUUCUUUGAUACCCUCUAAAGUUACAGUUAUUUAUAAUUAAAAUAGUAAGAUGGUAACAAAGAAAUUAAUAAAAAAAAAAGCACAUCUUUUUAUGAGCUCAGCUAGAAAAACAGUUUUAAUUAAUAGAAGACGAGGGAUAAAGAUAAGAGCAUUUUUUCAAUUGAGAGAGUAAACAAUAAUAUUAAAAAAGUGAGAGACAGCUUCUGUAACAGCAAAGAAUGUAUUUUAUAAGAAAAGAAAGAAACUUUAUUGUCUCUCUUUAAGCACUUUAAGAACAUUUUGAUUCUUUAAGGCAAAUACAACACUGCUCAAAUGAAUUUAACUUUUGGCCUGAAAUAGAGUAGCUUUGUAAACGUUUGA